AUUACCUUAACCUUUCUAAGGCGGCGUCGGACAAGACAAUUGUUGUGAGGAUGGAGUUAUUAAAACCUUUAUCCGUACUUAUUCUCCAUACUAUUAGAACCGAAGGAGAAUAUGUUUAUCGAAGAGUCGAAGAUCGAUGUUUAGAGUCGUGUGCACGUCUAAAUAAUAUCCCCAACGUGACGUUUGAUUGUGGUAGCGACAAUAGCUCUUGCGACUGGCAGUGCGCGGCGCAGCGAAUGGGCUGCGAUGAGGGCUUGGCCUACCACUGUGCACAGGACUUUAAAAAUUACAAACUUAAACGCAACAAAAUUGAAUAUAUUGAGGCAUGUGCGCCGGAGAAAUUCUGCAAUGCAGGAGAAGAGCCAUAUGUUACGUUUCCCUUUGACGACAAAGAGCGGUCACCUAGAAACGCUAUGAUAAACUGCGUUCCGUGCACGGACCCAAAUUUUUAUAACAGCCAAGCAGGAAAGUCUUCUGCCUCGUACAGCCAAUGCCAGCUGGAAAAGUUCAACAAGUGUAUCCCCGAAGACUACAAAAUUAACUGCGGUGACAUUUUCUGGCGUAAACGAACGGAGACCGACGGAUAUUGCCGGUGUGACGCAAGGAACGGCUAUGCGCCAGAAAACGAGAAUGUGAAAACGAAGUGCUUUUAUAGCGAUGAGUUUUGUAUAGAGAAAACGUGUCCACCAGCGCAGGAGCUACUUUUAAACUACACAUGUGGUGACAGAUGUCCACCAGGAAUGCACAGGACGGAGGAAUCAGAUGAAUGUGUUCCAGAUGAAAUUUUCCAAACCACGAAAAAUACACCCUCGAUAUUGACAUCUCAACGGAGCACAGAAGAAGCAGAAAACGAGGUUGCCAUAUCAACCACUACAGAAACUAAAACAGGAAUUGAGGAGAAAGGUACCACUGACGACUCAAACAAAGACAUCUCUCUCACAAUAAAGAUCAGUCUUGGAGUUUUCGCCGGAUUGACCCUUUUAUCAAUAUCUACUGUAAUAUUUUUAAAAUGCAAAAAACAACCAGAGAGACGUGAUCCGGAGCAAACACUGACCAAAGAUGCAAGCAUAAUAUUUAAUGACAAUAGAAAAACUAUCAACAAGACGGUCACCCACAUAGCAAGAGAUCAAGUGAAAGUGACAGGCGAUAACUCAAAUGUCCAAACUGGUUCGGAUCCUACAGAAACUUCACCACAAGACAUCGAGGAAGCAAAUUUCUCCUUUUUAUUCGGCCAGACAUUAUUGAAAAGUGAUCAGGAAAUCGAAAAUCAAUGUGAUUUCGAAACACCUUUGCUUUCAGGAUAUGAAGAAAAUCAUCCUCUAGAAUCAUCUGGCAACACAACUGCCGUUAUGAUUGAGGAAAGAGAUGAAAACGCUGUUAUGAACCCCGGCUCCUGUCAAUCGCCCAUUGAUGGAGUUAAUGGUAUUGCUGUGGCAGGUGAUGGUUGUGAAUUAUGCCCUUGUGACAAUCAAGAGGAUGACAAAGCACUUUACGGGCCUGUACUUGAAGGCAAAAUCCCAGCAAAAACGCUUUCGUCAAAGAACAACCCUUUGCCACCUAAUUCCGUUCUCUAUACACAUGGAGCGACACUUUGCCGAAAGGGAGACGAUGAAACAAUGGAACAUACGAGAACAAAUGGUCAAGAGACACAUUGUACAAAAAGCGGAUACGAUGAAACGAAGGAGAAAAAAAGUACAAGCUAUGAAUAAUAAAAUGAAUUGGGUACUAGUCAAUAUGGUAAAAAGGCUAAAUGAUACAUAUUGUAAAUGUUGAUGUUCAUGGACUCCGUCAGGCCUCCGAACGUGCUAAGAGUGAAACUGAUACCAAAGCGUCUGAAAGUGAACGUUUGUUGAAGAAUUACAAGGCAAUAACUUAAAUAAAUUAACAUAUCAAUUUUACCAAAUAAACUGCUCCAAGUUGUAGUUUUAUCCUUUGAAGAAGAAAUUUCUUUUCAACGAAUAAUUUCUUCCAAAUACUGAAUGAUCCAAUUAGAAAUCAUUGUUAAAAACAACAAUCAUCAAUUUUAUUGGGAUGAACAUAAAAUUACCAUUAUGUUUUACAAUGUGGUACAAACAU